CAGCACUAGUUAUUUUCUUCAUCAUUUGUUCCUCUGAACUCUCAUGAUCUUGAUCUGAUUGUCAUGUCCAGGUCAUGAUGAGCAUCUGAUCGUCUUCAGAGACACAAAGAUCUCAGUGUUGAGCUGUUCAUCUGCAGUAUGUCAGAGAAGAGAGGAAAGAUGAGUCUCUCACACAAACAGAGUGUAAGAUCAGGAUCACAUGUGUCCAGCUCUGUGUCUGUGAAGAGUGACUGGUCAAAACCUGAACCACCGGGAUUCAGCGAGAAAACACCAUCAGCUACUGAAAGGUAUUUCAUUUGGAACCGCAAGAAUUUCACAGACAAACUCAUAGGAAUCUUCCAGGAUCUUGAGGAGAAAAUAAUCACAUUUCUAAAAACUGAACUGGACCUGUUUAAGAAAAUAUUACAAAAAGAGGACAUGCAAUACUUUGUGAAGGACUUUAAUGAGAACAGAUGCAGUAUGAAAGAAGCAGCUCUUGAUCUCACGCUCUACUUCCUGAGAGAGAUGAAGCAAGAUGAAGCUGCUGAUACUCUAGAAGAUGAGCUGUUCUUCAUUCAUCAGCUAAAGUGUAGCCUAAAGAAGAAGUAUCAAUGUGUGUCUGAAGGAAUUGCAAAGCAAGGAGACUCUACACUUCUGAAGAACAUCUACACAGAUCUCUAUAUCACUCAGGGUUGUAGUGAACAGGUCAAUACUGAACAUGAGGUGAGACAGAUUGAAGUUGCUUCCAGACGUCAUGAAUCACAGGAGAUACAGGUUGAGUGCAAACAUUUGUUUGAAGCACCUGAACAAGACAAGCAGAUCAGAACUGUACUGACAAAAGGAGUUGCUGGCAUCGGAAAAUCAGUCUCUGUGCAGAAGUUUGUUCUGGAUUGGGCCGAAGGAAAAGAAAAUCAAGACAUCAGCUUCAUAUUUGCUCUUCCAUUUAGAGAGAUGAACUUAAAGGAGCAAGAAAAACUAAGUUUGAUGGACCUUAUAACUCAGUUUUUCCCAGAGACAAAAGGACUGAACCUUACGAGAAGAAAUCAAUUCAAAGUCUUGUUCAUUCUUGAUGGAUUGGAUGAAUGUCGACUUCCUGUAAACUUUAAGGAUAAUGAGACGUGGUCUGAUGUUUCAUCACCAGCCUCUCUGGAUGUUCUCCUGACGAACCUCAUCAAGGGAAAUCUGCUUCCUUCUGCUCUCAUCUGGAUCACCAGCAGACCAGCAGCUGCCAGUAAGAUUCCUCCUGACUGUAUCGACCGGCUGACAGAGAUACGAGGAUUCAAUGAUGCACAAAAGGAGGAGUACUUCAGAAAAAGAUUCACGGAUGAGAAUCAGGCCAAAGAAAUCAUUGAUCAUGUUAAACAAUCAAAGAGUCUCUUUAUCAUGUGCCACAUCCCAGUCUUCUGCUGGAUUUCAGCCACUGUUCUCCAGAACAUUUUAGAGGAGAAAAGAAAAAAUGUUGUGAAAAACAAUCAGACUGAUGAUGUCUCCAAAACACUGCAGGAGUCAAAUACUGAAGACACUCCUAAGACUCUGACACAAAUGUACACACACUUCCUCAGAUUUCAGAUCCAGCAGAGCAGACGAAAGUAUGAUGGAGAACAUACACCAGAUGUUUCCUGGGAUAAAGAUGCCAUCUUUUCACUGGGGAAACUGGCAUUUGAUCAGCUGGAAAGAAACCAUGUGAUCUUCUAUGACACAGAUCUGGAAACCUGUGGUAUUGACGUCUAUAAGGCAUCAGUGAACUCAGGCAUGUGUACCCAGAUCUUUAAGGAGGAAACGGGGAUCACUCUUGGUACCAUGUACUGCUUCGUUCACUUGAGCAUUCAAGAGUUUAUUGCAGCCCUUUAUGCACAUCUGUUUCUAGACAUCAACAAGAAAUAUGUGUUUGAUCAAGACUCUACAGAACAGGAAAACAAAAGUAAAACCAUGAUUGAUUUGCUCAAGACUGCAGUGGACAAGGCACUAGAGAGUGAUAAUGGACACCUGGAUCUUUUUCUUCGCUUCCUCCUUGGUUUGUCACUUCAGUCCAAUCAGAGACUCUUACAGGGUCUGUUGACACAGAAAAAUAGAAAUGAGCAGAGCAAAAAGGAAAUAGUUCAGUACAUCAAGCAGAAAUUAGAGUCUAAUCUGUCUCCAGAGAGAUCCAUCAAUCUGUUCUACUGUCUGAAUGAACUGAACGACCAAACUCUGGUGAAAGACAUUCAGACCCACCUUAGCAAAGGAAGUCUCUCAUCUGCUGAUCUUUCACCUGCCCAGUGGUCUGCUUUGGUCUUUGUGUUGUUGACAUCAGAGGAGGAGCUGGAGGAGUUUGAGCUUCAGAAAUUCAAGAAAUCAGACGAGUGUCUCAUUAGAUUAUCAGCAGUCAUCAAAACCUGCAAAAGAGCUCUAAGUUAUUACUGCAGUAUCAGUGAAGAAGGUUAUAAAGCUCUGUCUUCAGCUCUGAGAUCAAACCCUUCACACCUGAUAGAGCUGGAUCUCACAGAAAAUGAUCCUGGAGAAUCAGGAGUGAAGCUGCUCAGUGAUUUACUACAGGAUCCAAACUGUCAACUCAAGACACUGAGACUUUCAGACUGCAGUAUCACUGAAGAAGGUUAUAAAGCUCUGUCUUCAGCUCUGAGAUCAAACCCUUCACACCUGAUAGAGCUGGAUCUCACAGGAAAUGAUCCUGGAGAAUCAGGAGUGAAGCUUCUCAGUGAUUUACUACAGGAUCCAAACUGUCAACUCAACACACUGAGGUGA